AGUUGAUUUUCUCUCCUAAACAUAGCAACUCAUCUUCACCCCUUUUUCCAUCACUGUUUACCCUCUUCACUCUGUUUCUUCACCGAUUUUUCUCAGUUCUUUUCAAUUUCUCUCCUCAUCAAUCAAUAUUAUCUCUGAAAAUGUCGGAUGCGCUUGUUUCCGCUAUCUUGCAGCAGCUAACUACAAUUAUUUAUAGAGAGUUAGAACAAGAGGGGAAACUGUUGACUGGAGUGGGGAAAGAAAUCAAGAGUCUCAGACUCAAUCUCGAAUCCAUCCAUGCUUUGCUUGAUGAUGCUGAGGAAAGGCAGAUGAAGGAUAAAAGCAUCAAGAUUUGGUUAGAAAGCCUCAAAGAAGUAUGUUAUGACCUGGAGGACGUGUUGGACGAGUGGAACACCGCGCUCUUGAAGAUGCAAUUAGAUGAAGCAGAUCAGAAAAACUUCUCUCUUUUCAAGGGAAAGGUAUGUCGUCGCUUCCUUCCAUGUUUUCGUUGUGGCCAAUUUGUUCAACGCCAUGACAUUACUCUUAAAAUGAAGGACAUCAAUGAAAGAUUAGAUGAGAUUGCUAAGGAUAAAGAUAGGUAUCAAUUGAUACCAAGGAAAGUUAGACAGGCUAGAAGAGUAGAAAGUACAGAUUUUACUGAGGUGUCGAAGUUACAUGGUCGAGAUGAGGUUAAGAAAGACUUAAUAGACAGUUUGUUGUGUGGUAACAGUGAUGAAAUAGAGAAUGAUGUCAAAACCAUCUCGAUUGUAGGCAUGGGAGGGAUUGGGAAAACAGCUCUUGCUCAACUUGUAUAUAAUGAUGGGGCGGUUAUGGCUCAUUUUGAGAAGAGAAUAUGGGUUUUCGUCUCAGAAGUUUUUGACUUGAGCAGAGUCGCGAAAGCAAUUAUUGUGGGUCUUGAAGGUCCUGAUCAUGCUUCAGCCCUAAAUCUUGAUUCCUUUACACUGCAAGAUCUUCUGGAAAAAAUUUGCAAAGAUAUUGAGAGGAAGAAGGUUUUUCUUGUUCUGGAUGAUGUGCGGACAGAUGAAAGCAAAAGUUGGGAAUUAUUAAAUCAAGCUUUAAGUCUUGCUGCUCCUGGAAGUAGGAUUUUGCUGACUACACGGAAGAAUACAGUUGUACAGGCCUUGAAAUCCUUUACUGUCUUUAAUCUUAAGGAAUUGACCGAAGAUGUAUGUUGGAAAAUACUUAGCCAGGAAGCGUUUAUGGGAAGGGGUGAUGAGCAAUGUAAAAAUUUAGAGGCAAUCGGAAAAAAUAUUGCAAAAAAAUGCAGUGGAUUGCCAUUGGCUGCAAAAACUCUUGGAAGCAUGCUACGUUCCAAGAAAACAAGAGAAGAGUGGACAAAUAUCUUGAACAGUGAGAUAUGGAAAUUAGAUUUGGAAGCUGUUUUCGCUUCUUUGUUGUUGAGUUAUUUUGAGUUACCCUCAGCUGGUUAUUUAAAUUCUAGUCAGAAUCCUGAGAUGGAAAUUACUGGGGUUGAGCACUUUGAGUGCUUGGCGGCAUGGUCUUUCUUUCAAGAUCUUGAAAAAUAUGAAGAUGGUAGCAUAAGGGCAUGUAAGAUUCCUGACAUGGUACUUGACUUUGCUCGUUUCCUUAUGGGAAAUGAAUUUAUGGUGAAAGAGGUUCAUCCUCAUGAUGAUGAUAUAAGAAUAGAGCUUUCUUCAGAGAAAACUCACCAUCUGUUGGUAGUACUGGCAGAAAAUGCAUGCAUUCCUACUUCGCUUGUUGGUGCAGAAAAAUUGCGGAGCUUAUCCAUCUUCAAGAGUGAUCAUGCAGAAGAAGAUAAAACCGGUAACUUAUUUAUUCAACCAAAACAUCUGCGUUCAUUGAUUUUCUGUGGUGGUAAUAUUAAUGGAUUUCCUGAAGAAGUUGGCAACUUGAUUCAUUUAAAAUUGCUUGAUUUGUCUCGUAGUAAGUUAAAAAGAUUGCCUGAAGCAAUAUGCCGAUUAUUUAAUUUGCAAUCUUUGAUUCUGCGAGAAUGUUCUCUGGAGAGACUGCCGGAUGAGAUAGAGAACUUGGUCAACUUAAGGUAUCUUGACACAACUGGUUGUGAUUUUACUUACUAUCCCAAAGGAAUUGGGAGAUUAACUUCUCUUAGAACGUUGCUGGGGAUUGUCGUUAGCUGUGAUCACAAUGAUGAUAAAAAAUUUAGCUUGGGGGAUUUGGAAAACUUGUGCCACCUUCGUUUUCUGGCAUUGAAAGUUGAAGAUGGUCAGAUUGAUGCUAAUGAAGCCAGACGUGCGAAGCUGGGAAGAAUGGCACAUCUCGAGGAUGUAAAGUUAUAUGGUCCGUGGAAGCUCCAAACGGAAAUGGAUAAUGUUAUCAAAGUCCUAGACCCCCCUUUGCGCAUAAACGUGACAUUUCCUCAGUAAGAACUUUUUAAAAUACUCAAGGCACGUGUUGUAAGCCCACUAGCACCCUACAUGCAGCAUGUCUCUUUAACGGCACUUUGUGAGUGGGGUACUUCUGGCGGUGAAGCUGAAGCCGUUAAAAAUACUGCGUGUGAUGUUCCUCUUUUUUUUUAUAUAUAUAUAUAUAUAACAAAGAAGUCUUUUGUGUUUUCCAGUUGUUGAUUAGAUUAUUACCCUCAUUGUAUGUAUUUUCCCUGUUUCUUUGGUGGAUCAGUGAACACAAUUCAGAACUAAUAAUCUUGUCAUGGAUAC